AUGGGUGCUUUUUUCUCCUAUUAUAAACAACACAAAUUGAUUGUUAUAAGUUUAAUCACUUCAGGUUUUAUUAUUAGGUAAUCUAAUUGUAAAAUAAAUAUAGCUCUGGAUUAGUAUACUAUAGAAAAUAAUAAAAUAAAAGCAUUAUGGAAGAUUAAGAAUAUUAAGGUCCUUUAAAUACAUCUAAUACCAUGUAUGAAAAUUAAAAUAAAAACGAUAAAAAAUCUAAGUUUUUUGAUUUAGAAAAGGACACAAUGUAAACAAGAUUUACAGCUGCAAUGAAUGCAUUUGAAAGUAUCUCUAAUUUGAUAAGGGUGAAUUAUAUACCCAAUACUAAUUGUUUAGAACCAUAAACAAUUGUUGAUAUUUUAUAAUAUACUAUAGAGGUUGCGGGAGAUGAAUAUAUUCGAAUAACAUUGGCAAAUAGAAAAUAAAGAAGGAAUUAUAAAUCUAAUUAACAACUUAAUUAAUAUAAAUAAUACAUUUUGAAGUAUAAUGAAGACACCGAAGAGUUAUUAGAGAAAUCAUAAGCAGAACUACUAUAAAGAUUGGGAGUAUCAAAAGAAAUAUUUGAAGAGAGUAUGCUUGCUUUGAUGGAAAAAGGGUUUUUUCAAUAAUUGUAUAUGCUGUAAGCCUCUGUUAAAUAAAAAAUCAAAGAAAAAAUUAUAUCAAACAAAGAUUUAUCAGUUUAAUAAGUUAAGGAAAUAAUUAGAUAUAGCAUAAAAAUAUUAAAGCAGUAACCAGAACCAUUCCAAUAUAUAGUAAAUUAAAUGAUGGUAUAAAUCAUCUUUUUGAUUCUUAGAAUAAGCAUGAACUUAAAGAGUAUAUACCAAAUGCAAUAAAUAUGAUUGUAUAGGAUUUUAUAUACUAAAAGUUUAAGGUCGAAGAAGAAGAUCAAAUUAAAAAUCUAUAAAAACCUGGUAAAAUAUUAAUUCAAUUUUUAGAAUGUAUGGGUGACUCUGAAAUUCAUCAAUUAUUAGGAGAAAUAGAAUCUACAAUGGCUGAUGUAAUGAAUCAACUAGGGCUUGGAGGAAUAGAUAGUAUACCAGAAAAUUUUGAAAACUUUACAUGA